UACCGUCCUCAGUCUGCGGGUGUGUUAUGCUAACAGCAUCAUAGCAUAGUCGCAACAUUUAAUCGAAUUGAAUUAUAAUCGGUGACAGACCUGACAGCAGUUUGUUUACGUGUAUGUUUCUCAAAUCUGCGCACGUACGCAGUUGCCACUUCGUCAAGUAAUAUUCAUAGAAAAGAUGUCGGAAGUGGAGGAAAAGGGAAGAAAAUCGAGUGAGGAAUCUACAGAUGAUUCUGAGGAGGAGGACAGCGAGGAGGAGCCUAAACUGAAGUAUGAGCGGCUGACCAAUGGGGUGACCGAGAUCCUCCUGAAGGAUGCAGCAAGCUGCAUGACUGUUCAUGAUAAGUUCCUGGCGCUUGGCACACACUUCGGGAAGGUUUACUUGCUGGAUGUCAUGGGAAAUGUCACUCAGAAGUUUGAAAUUAGUUCGGUGAAGAUCAAUCAGAUCAGCCUGGAUGAGAGCGGCGAGCAUGUUGGGAUCUGCUCUGAGGAUGGGAAGGUCCAAGUUGUUGGUUUGUAUACACGGGAAGGUUUCCAUGAGAUCUUUGACUGUCCUAUAAAGGUGGUGGCUCUCCAUCCGCAGUUCAGCAAAUCAAACAACAAGCAGUUUGUCACCGGGGGCAACAAGCUGCUGAUGUAUGAGAGGAAUUGGCUAAACCGCUGGAAGACGUCAGUCAUCCACGAGGGCGAGGGUAGCAUCACCAACAUCAAGUGGAGAGCCAACCUCAUCGCCUGGGCCAAUAAUGUGGGAGUGAAGAUCUAUGACUUAAGCACUAAGCAGCGUAUCACCAACGUCCUGCGGGACAACACCAGUCUGCGGCCGGACAUGUAUCCAUGCAGUCUGUGCUGGAAGGACAACGCCAACCUCAUCAUCGGCUGGGGCUCCUCUGUCAAGAUAUGUGCUGUGAAGGAGAGAGACCCCACUGAGAUGCGAGACCUGCCUAGCCGCUACGUUGAGAUCGUGUCUGCCUUCGAGACCGAGUUCUUCAUCAGUGGCCUGGCCCCGCUGGCUGACCAGCUUGUCACCCUCUAUUUUGUGAAGGAGGCCUCAGAGCACAUGGAAGAGGAGUUCCGUGCGCGGCCACGUCUCGACAUCAUCCAGCCGCUGCCGGAGACCUGUGAGGAGAUCUCGUCUGACGCACUUACCGUCCGCAACUUCCACGACAACGAGUGCAGGGACUACCGGCUCGAGCACUCUGAGGGGGAGUCCCUGUUCUACAUCAUCAGCCCUAAGGACAUCGUGGUGGCGAAGGAGAGGGACCAGGAUGACCACAUCGACUGGCUGCUGGACAAGAAGAAGUAUGAGGAAGCUCUAAUGGCAGCAGAGAUCAGCUUUAAGAACAUAAAACGACAUGACGUCCAGAAAAUUGGGAUGGCAUACAUCAAUCACUUGGUUGAAAAAGGAGACUAUGACACAGCAGCCAGGAAGUGCCAGAAAGUCUUAGGGAAGAACAUGGAUCUCUGGGAGAAUGAGGUCUACCGCUUCAAAACCAUAGGCCAAUUGAAGGCGAUCAGCCAGUACCUGCCCAGAGGAGACCUGCGUCUCCGGCCAGCCAUCUACGAGAUGAUCCUGCACGAGUUCCUCCAGACUGACUAUGAGGGUUUUGCCACGCUCAUUAGAGAGUGGCCUGGGGAGCUGUACAACAACAUGACUAUUGUGCAGGCAGUGAACCACCACCUAAAGAAGGACCCCACCAACCGCACCUUGCUCACUACACUGGCUGAACUGUACACAUAUGACCAGAGGUAUGACCGUGCGUUGGAGAUCUACUUGAGGCUAAGGCAUAAAGAUGUGUACCAACUCAUCCACAAGCACAACCUCUUCUCCUCCAUAGAGGACAAGAUCGUUCUGCUCAUGGACUUCGAUAAAGAGAAAGCUGUUGACAUGUUGCUGGAUAACGAAGACAAAAUAUCAACAGACAGAGUUGUGGAGGAACUGAAAGACAGACCAGAGCUUCUGCAUGUUUACCUGCAUAAGCUGUUCAAGCGGGACCACCACAAGGGCCAGCGCUAUCAUGAGCGGCAGAUCAGCCUGUAUGCCGAGUACGACCGACCCAACCUGCUGCCCUUCCUACGAGACAGCACACACUGCCCGCUGGAGAAGGCACUUGAGAUCUGUCAGCAGAGGAACUUUGUUGAGGAGACGGUCUUCCUUCUCAGCAGGAUGGGGAACUGCAGGCAAGCACUGCAGAUGAUCAUGGAGGAGCUGGCAGAUGUAGACAAGGCCAUUGAGUUUGCCAAGGAUCAGGAUGAUGCUGAGCUGUGGGAGGACCUCAUCUCCUACUCCAUCGAUAAGCCACCCUUCAUCACAGGACUGCUGAACAACAUAGGCACCCAUGUAGACCCCAUCCUUCUCAUCCACCGCAUCAAGGAAGGCAUGGAAAUCCCCAACCUGAGAGACUCGCUGGUCAAGAUCCUACAAGACUACAAUCUGCAGAUCCUGCUGAGAGAGGGCUGUAAGAAGAUCCUGGUGUCGGACUCCAUGUCCCUGCUGCAAAAGAUGCACAGGACGCAAAUGAGGGGCGUCAGAGUGGAUGAAGAGAACAUCUGUGAAUCUUGCCAUACCACCAUUUUACCAUCAGAUACAGCGCAGCCCUUCAGUGUGGUGGUGUUCCACUGCAGACACAUGUUCCACAAGGAGUGCCUACCCUCUGGAGCAAUUCCAGGGGUUCAGUUUUGCAACAUCUGCAGUGCCAAGAGACGAGGGCCUGGCAGUGGCAUCCUGGAGAUGAAGAAAUAGCUGGAAACCGCAUCUACCCAUAAGUCCUCUCUACAGACCUGACCUAGGGACAGUGUUCUGAAGCCUUCACCUUCCUCAUGGUCACCUGGAAAUGGUUUCUCAGAGCUGUUCGCUGCAGUUCAGUGUCGUCUGUUGUUGGUCCUGCUUGCCUGGCUUAACACUGUGAUGUUUUAGCCAUUUUGUAAGUGCUUAAUUCUCAACUGCAAAUUAAUACUUAUUGUGCAAGUUUGGGUUCAAUAAUAUGUCAAGUGUAAAAUCAACAAAGAUUUUUUUUUUAAACACUUGCACUAUGAAUGACCAAUGGAACUAAUUUAAGUCUUUGUCUUCAACUAUGUUAAUGGCAAUGCUCAUAGAUUUUUUUUCAUGGAGGCUGGAUUGGCAGAAAAACAGUAUUAUUCAGUAUUUUCGCCCAUAACAGUUUUGAGUUGAAUGCUGUAUUAACAUUGCAUUUGAUAUUCCAUGUUGGCACGUAUUUAUUUUGCUUAAACUGUAGCCGGAUUUUAUGGAGCCCCCCAAAGGGACAUGGUGGGAAUUUCUUUUUCAGCUCCUAUUGAGUUCCCUCACAAUAGUUUUGCAUUCCCUUGCAAAAUCAAGUAUUCCAAAGGGAAUGCAAAACUAUUGUGAGGGAACGCAAAAAGUACAUUUCCACCUCUAAAAAAAAAUAUUUCCACCAUGGCCCUUCGGGGGCUCCGUAAAAAAUGAAUAUGUUAAUAAAGAUUAUUAAAGUGCUAUAUCCAUCAUGUCCAAAUUAUAUAGUCAAUAUCAAAUAUACAUCUGUAAAUAGUAAGACUACUGUAACACAGAACAUGUGUUUAGGUUUUUUUUGUUGUUGAGCGGAAUGCUGUUGAAUCAAAUGGAAUUACAAAUUGUCUGACUAAAUGAUGAGAGCACUUGUUGGUGGAGUCCAAAUAAAUAGACCAAGAUAUA